AUGUCGACCAUGUACAAUUUCACGGGACGGGUAGCGCUGAUAACGGGUUCGAGUUCGGGCAUCGGUGCGGCCACAGCUAUACUACUGGCCAAAGCAGGCGCCCGAGUGGUCAUCACUGGACGUAAUUAUCAAAAACUCGCAGCAGUUUAUAAACAGUGUGCGGAUGUGUCGCCCCAUAAAUGCCGUCCAGCGGUUCAAGUGGUGGCCGACGUGACCAAUGAGGCCGAUAUGGACCGACUUCUGGCCAUUACUAUCGAUACUUUUGGCAAAUUAGAUAUUCUGGUCAAUAACGUAGGGUUUUUGCAGUCGGCACUCAUAGAUAGCAAUGAUUAUAUGAAAAACUUCCGUCCGGGCAGUAUUUAUACCGAUUUACUCGAGAAUGGCUUUGGUAUUACGGGGGCCGAGAGUAGAGCCCUGUUUGAUAAAGUUGCCGCCAACUAUCCGGUUGGACGAAUGGGCGAGGGUUUGGAUGUGGCCAAUGCCGUGGCCUAUCUGGCCAGUGAUCAGGGUAGCUUUAUCACAGGCACCCACCUUUACGUAGACGGUGGUCAUAUCGCCGCUAAUAUUUCUAUUGAGUUAUAA